AUCAUCGCACUCUCUUUGCAAAGCCACUGCAUAGAAAGCAGCAGCAGUGAGCAAGCACUGCAAAAGGAGAAAUUAACACCAUGAACGGCGACUCCCAUCCUCUUCGCCUAGUCAUGCUGCCAUGGCUCGGCUUUGGCCAUAUCUGUCCCUUCAUCCAACUCUCCAACGCACUCAUCGACCAUGGAAUCGAGGUCACCUUCCUUUCUCCCCCUACCCUUGUCGCCAAGAUACGUGCUACCCUCCAUCCCUCCAUCCCCAUUGUCAACUACAAUCUCACCCCGGUCCCAGGCCUGCCGGCCGGCGUCGAGUCGACCGUGGCGGCACAGUCCGCCAACCUACUUCUCAUGGAAGCGCUCGACGCCAGCAAGCCACAGAUCGAAGGCCUUCUCCGCAAGCUCAACCCUACAAUCAUAGUCUUCGACUUCGUCUACUACUGGCUGCCCCAACUAGCCGAUUCCCUUGGAAUCAAGUCUGUCUUCUUCUACAUCGGCACCGCCUUGUCCGCCACGCCCAUGAAAAUUUUCACCAAGUUGCACCCCAAGAAGCUGGCUCUUAGUGUUGUCGAGAUGCUACCGGUAAAAGUGGUCUCGGCUUUCACCGGCCUGAAGCUAUAUGAAACGCGCGACUUGCUGCAAUUCGUGUAUAAGCAUCAAAGAUCGAGCAUAUCUCCAUGCUCCAGGAUGCUGGCCGUGAUGAUGAUGAGCUCCUCCGUGCUCCUCAAGAGUGCCACCGAGCUGGAAGACCCAUACAUCAACUUCGUCACGUCCCUGUGCGGGAAGAAGGCUCUCCUCUGUGGCACUCUCACGUCGAAACCUCCAACAGGGGAACUUGAGGGCCGAUGGGAGAAGUGGCUGAGCCAAUUUCCGUCUAGAUCGGUGGUUUUCUGCUCCUUUGGUAGUGAGUUCUGCCUGUCCAUUGAGCAGAUCGCCGAGCUCGUCGCCGGGCUGGAGAUGAGCGGCUGCCCUUUCCUAGCAGUGCUCAACUUUUCAGCACAGGCGAAGGAGCAUGGGUUGGAAGCGAAGGUUGUGGGGGAGAGGAUGGGAGGGAAAGGGGUGGUGCACAGCGGCUGGGUGCAACAGCAGCACAUCUUGAGGCAUCCCUCUGUUGGUGCACACAUCGGUCAUGGCGGACUGAGCUCGAUGAUGGAGGCUAUAAUUGGAGGGUGUCAGACGGUGCUUCUUCCCCAGACCAUGGACCAGUUUCUUAACGCGAAGCUUGUGGUGAAGAGGCUGAAGGCUGGUGUGUCCGUCAAGAGGAGGUCAAGGGAUGGGUGGUUCACCAGAGAGGCACUGUGCGAGGCGGUGAAAAUGGCCAUGAAGGAUGAGACGGAGAAGGCGAAGGCGAUGAGGGCCAACAACACGAAACUGCGUGAAUUCUUGCUCAAUGAGAAGGUGCAACAGCAAUACGUUCAAGGCUUCGUCGCCAAACUCAAGGAGAUGGCCUCAGCCUCAACACCAUCUCCUUCAAUGUCAUUAACUAUUUGAAGAUAUGAAUAAGUCGCUCUAAGACAAGCUUAUGAGCGUGCUUUCUUGUGUGUGCAUGUACGAGUGUGAUAUGCGUUGAUUUAUGUGUGUGCAUGAAAUGAAAUUUAAUGUGCACAUGUUACAAGUUACUGCAGGUUA